AUGCUGUUAAAUCUGGGAAAUCGGAGCUCUGUGACCUCUUUCAUCCUGGUGGGGUUCUCAGAAUACCCUCACCUCCAGGCACCCCUCUUCCUGGUGUUCCUGACCAUCUACACGGUCACCCUGCUGGGGAACCUGGGCAUAAUAGUGGUCAGAAAGAUCAACCCCAAACUCCAUACGCCCAUGUACUUUUUCCUCAGCCACCUCUCCUUCUUGGACAUUUGUUACUCCAGUGUGUUCACACCCAGGCUGUUAGAAAUCCUGGUUGUGGAGGACAGAAGCAUCUCCUUCAGAGGAUGCAUGACACAAUUUUUCUUCGGCUGUGCAUGUGUGAUUACGGAGAUGUUUAUGCUGGCAGUGAUGGCCUAUGACCGGUUCGUGGCUGUCUGUAACCCCCUGCUCUACACGGUGGCUAUGUCUCCUAAGCUCUGCGCUCUCCUGGUAGCAGAGACUUAUAUGUGGGGUGGCCUCUGUUUCUUGACAAUCACACAUUCACUUGUGCAGCUGUCCUACUGUGAGUCCAACAUCAUAAAUCACUUUGGCUGUGAGUACUCCUCUGUCCUCUCUGUGUCCUGCUCAGACCCCUCCUUCAGCCAGAUGAUAUGUUUUAUAAUUUCUAUAGCCACUGAAGCUUGCAGCCUCCUGAUCACCCUGGCCUCUUCUGUGGUAAUAGUUGUAACUAUCAUCAGGAUGCCCUCCAAGGGUGGGCUGCAAAAAGCCUUCUCAACCUGCACCUCCCACCUCACGGCCAUCGGCAUCUUCCACGGCAUCAUCGUCCUUCUCUACUGUGUGCCCAGCUCCAAGAGCUCCUGGCUACUGGUCAAAGUGGCUACUGUGCUUUUUACAGUCAUGAUCCCCAUACCGAAUCCCCUCAUCUACAGCCUCAGGAACAAGGAUGUGAAAGACACGGUCAGGAGGCUAAUCUACUCCAAACUGCAUUCUCCAUCCACAUGA